AUGGGAGGAGGACCAAGGACACCACCCGAGCACGCAGGCCUCGUCUCUCGCUCUGAGGACGACCUCGUGGAAGUGUCGGUGCAGCGCACCGACCCUGUACGCCCACCCUCCCGUGACCAGCAACCAGCCCAUGCCGACAGCCACCCGCUCGCCUCGACGCAGCCCAGCACCGCCUCCUCCUCGUCGUCACCGCCACACCAAGACGAGUCCGACCUCGCCGAGCUUCUGUGGAGCAAGUCGGCCGUCUACCUCCACCCGUCGCCGCACUCGCGCGACAACAUCCCUGGCUUCCUGUCGCUCGUCCGCGUCCGGGCCACCGACGCCCAUCUCGUCUCGUGGGUCCCCGAGUCGCUCGUCGAGGGCACGCGCGACUACGACGCCUACGUCCUCGUCGAGCUGUCGUCGCAGAACGAGCGCGACAUCCUCGUCCACCUCGCCCCCUCGUUCGCCGUCGACGCCGCCACCCAGUCGCACGCCUUCUCGCACCCGCUCCCCGACCUGUACUCGCUCCACGUCCAGCCCCCGACCCUGACCUCGUGGGUCGGGUCCGUCACCCUGUCGCUCUUUGGCGGCCUCACCCUCCCGCCCCUCUUCUUCCACGACGACGAGUCCAAGUCGACCCUCCUCGACCGCGACGCGCGCGUCACGGCCCUCGGCGUCGGCGGCUCGCACUCGCGCCAGCACGGGCACGGCCACCACGAGCGUCGCGCGUCGCUCGCGCCGAGCUGGGGCGGCGAGGCGUUCCUCACGCAGGUGCGCAAGCACGCGCGCCUCGUGCGGUCGCAGCUCGAUUCGAGCGUGUGGCUCGUCAACCCGAGCCGCGACGACCUCGAGGCGCACGUCGGGCCUGCUGCCGCCGCGCGCGAGGACGACGACGUGCCGGCGCAAGCGCUCCAGGGCGUGCGCGCGAGGACCAGCAUCCUGCACCAGAGCUCGCCCGUGAGCGGCGGCGGCAGCGGCGCCAAGGGCAAGGGCACGGCGUCGGCGUCAGCGUCCACCGCCGCUCGCGCCGAGACCGAGUGGCCCGACGACCCGGACGCUGUCCUCGGCGGCGGCGGGCGAGACGACGGCGGCGGCAUCGACGCCCUCACGUUCAGCGUUCUGAGCGGCUUUUCGCGCAUCACGAGGGGCGCGAAGCACAUGUCGCAGCAGGCUGCGUCGACCGUGCUCUCGCACCCGCUCGCCAAGCCGCUCGCCAAACACGUGCCCAAGCCGAUCGCCCAGUUUGCGCUCGCGCCGGGCGAGGUCAGCCGGUUGACCGACGCGGCAGGAGUCGGUGUCUACGACUCGGCGCGGGUCUACCUCGCCAAGUGGGCGCGCAUCGUCGCCGAGGAGGGCGAGCGCGCCCGGCGGGCCGAGUACGGCGUCGACGACGGCUCGUUCCUCGAUGACGAGCUCGGUGAGUCGACGGGCGUGUUUGACGUCCUCGCGAGGACGUACCGGUUCGACGGGCAGCGGCCGAGGAGCACGAGGGCGCCCAAGACGCCGGUUCAGCUCGAGGAGUGGCGGGCGUGGAUGGACGCCGAGGGUCGGCUCUUGCUCGACGAGAAGGAGGCGAGGCGGAGAAUCUUCCAGCGCGGUCUCGCCGGCGACGAGGUCCGCAAGUCCGUCUGGCCGUUCCUCCUGCGCGUGUACCCGUGGACAUCGAGCCGAGCCGAGCGCGUCGAGAUCGCCGAGGCGCGCAGUCGCGAGUACGAGCGGGCCAAGCGCCGGUGGAUGGAGGACGAGGCGCUCCAGAAGACGGACCGGUUCGCCGAGGAGGACCACCGCGUCGAGAUCGACUGCCGCCGCACCGACCGCACCCACCCGCUCUUCUCGUCCGACGGCGCCGACCAAGCCGGCGCGCACGCGCCGACGAACGGCCACGUCCGGGCGUGCCACGACGUCCUCAUGACCUGGGUCUUUGCCGACGAGGCCGCCUCGACUUCGACCGCCGCCGAGGCCGACGCCGUCUCAUCGACCGCCACCACCGCCGGCGCGAGCGUGCGCAACUACGUCCAGGGCAUGUCGGACCUGUUCUCGCCGCUGUACGUCGUCGUCGAGGGCGAGCAGUGGCUCGCGUUUGCGUGCUUCGAGGACGUCAUGCGCCGUCACGCCGACAACUUCCUCGAGGACCAGAGCGGCAUGAAGCUCCAGUUGAGCCAGCUGCAGCAGCUCUUGCGCGUCAUGGACCGAGGGCUGUACCGUCACCUCGACGAGACGGGCUCGCUCAACCUCUUCUUCUGCUUCCGGUGGCUCCUCACGUCGUUCAAGCGCGAGCUGUCGUUCGACGACACGGUCCGUCUCUGGGAGGUCCUCUACACCGAUUACCUCGGCACCCACUUCCACCUCUUCUUCGCGCUCGCUAUCCUCGAGGCCAACCGCGACGUCAUCGUGCGGUACCUGCGCGAGUUUGACGAGAUCCUCAAGUACAUCAACGAGCUCUCGCAGACGCUCGACCUCGACCUGCUCCUCGCCGACGCCGAGGUCCUCUACAGCACUCUCCAGGCCAUCUGCGCCUCUCUGCCGCCCUCGACCGCCCCUGCGCCGCUCGGCGCCGACGGCCUGCGCCACCGCAAAACUGCGUCGACAGGCGCAGCCGGCUCGGGCAGUGAGCGGCUCGGCGCGUUCCCGCCGACAAAGGACGACGCCGAGGAGGUCAAGCGCGAGAGGGUGAGGGAGCGCACGAGGCGCGAGGCCGACGAGCUGAGGGCGCUGCUCGAGUGAGCGAGCGGCGGGGGAGGUGGUCGUCCGUCUUUUUGUCUGUACACGUCCGUCUUUCGCCCCGAGUCCCUGUAUCGCCAGCUCCCCUCUUUGUCCCUCUC